UUGUGCUUUGAAUCUUUUUUCACACGAGUUUUUAUCUUCACCAGCCAUAGCAUACUACAUUUUCGGUGAUAACGCGGUUUAUAAUCUAAAGAAAACAAUUUAAACUUUCGGGUAAAAAUAUUGUUUUGUAAGGUUAGAAAUUAGGUUUGGUUGAUCUGUGCAGUUGUGCGUGUUCAGUUGCCGUCUGCCUUCCUUGAGGCACGCAUCACGUUUUUUGUUUGUUUAUGUUAUUUGUGCAGCACAAAGAAAUCCAUUGCAAUGGCCAGGUCCUAUACCAGUUAUCGUCCAUUUUUAAAAUUGUAACCUGCACAUGUUUCACUUUCCACAGUCCUGACAAUUCUUGUUAUGUGAAGUUCUAUUCACCCAAAAUACCCACAUUUGAUGAUCGGACAGCAUACCAAGAGUUCCAUCAGUACUUUCAGAGUUUAAUGCAAGUAAAGUGUACAAAAUUAUAUCUCAAUUAUCUUGAAUCUUUUGGCAAAAUUUACUAUAAAGACAUUGAGGCUGUUAAAUUAUUAAUUGAUAAAGUCAAAAGGAACAAUAUCUAUUCCAUAAAAUUUGAUGAAAUUAUGCCUUCUGACUUGAAGACGCCUGCAGGCUUCAAUACAGUCAUUACCGAAGUAAUGACUGACGUUAAUGGAAAACCAGUUGGUCUCUUGAAGAACAAUUCUUCAGAAAUGUUUAUAUCAGUUUCAGAUGCACAGCGAUGCGGCGCCAUUUUAUAUUCUGCGGAAGAAUCACAAACUGCGUUACUUGAUGAAUUGCGCGACUUUCUAAAAGUACACGCUGCUAUCUAUAUGAAAAUCCGAAAUGUUGAUCAAAAGAUACAAAAUAAUGUGUGCAUCGACGUAAAAUUUGCUAACAUGAAAUCUUUAACAUCGCCUUCUCCUGCUGGAUCGAUUAAAAGUGUGUCCAACAGUAAGAAUUCUCACAAUGGCAAUAACAUGAAUAAUAAUACACCAGUAAAGUUUAAUAAUUCAUCUUCUGAUAAAGUGACUUCUGCCAAGUCAAAAACUAACCCUAUUAUGAAUGGCAAUACAACCAAUAAGAAACAAGGUAUUAAAAAUCCAUUGACACCGCGUCAAUUACUUCUAAAAUUGAAUAAGAAGCCGAAUGGUGAUUCUAAACCAAUUCAAAACACCACCACACCUGAAACUGUUUCACCAAAAUGUAUUCCACGCAAGUCUACUCCCAUGAAAACAAAAAAAUUGAUUGAUUAUCCAAAAGGAGUUGUUUAUGUUGAUAAAAUGAAUGUCAAUGAUGAAAUAUUGGUGCAAGUGCUUCGGAAAACUUCGGAAACAACUUAUAUUGGGUACAUAAUGAUAAAUGUAACAUUUGAUGAACUACUUACUCAAGCAAAAUUAAAACAUGAAUUGUUAACGCCAUCUAUUGGAGAAUUGGUGAUUGUAAAACUUGACGAUGAGAAAAUAAGCCGUGCUUAUAUCCUAGAACUGUUAGACGAAGGUAAAUUCAAAGUUGCAGCUCUAGAAUAUGGGCAAGUCGUUGAUGUGGAUGCAGUUUUUGAAGUUCCUGAUGAAUUGCUUGGAUAUGACGAAUUUUUAUGUGUUUGUGAAGCGCCGGCCACAUUUGUCGCGAAUAUUUCCGUUGAUGAUGGUCUUAUUCAAACUGUCAGCGGCAAGAACUUGCUUAUUGAUAAUGAUAGCAAAACUCUCAUCAAAUGCACACGCUGGUUACCAUUAUCUACAGCUUCAUCUAAAUCAGAACAAAUUGAAGUUAUUGAAAAAGUCCCGCAAAAGAUCUACACAGUUCCUCUGCCUACAACAAUGCCAUCUGUACAAAUCAACUCUAAGAUAUUAUUUGUUGCUUUCAAUGCGGGGAUUCUCUACCUUCGUAGCAGAGAUUUACACAUGUUGAUUACAAAAAUGAACGAGAAAUUAGCACAGACCGGCGUUGAUGCUUUAGAGAAGCCUCCUAUUGUCGGACAGUAUGUUUUUCAUAAAGUAGACAAAGAAUAUCGUCGUUCCAUUGUCAAAAAAGUUUCUCCGCACGGAUUUUCCAUCGAACAUGUAGACUAUUUUGGUAUGACUACUCUAAUUCCAACAAAUUCAUUAAAUCUUUUGUUUAAUUUCUCACCGGUGGCCAUUUUUGGCCCUACAUUGAUCAAAGCACGUUUGAGAUACUUUGAAGACAAAGAUUACUCACCGAACGCGUUGCAAUAUAUUACUAAUUGCAUCACGAAGAAAUUCGACGUGGUUUAUGUACAGGAUGACGUUGUUGAUUUGCAAACCAAUUCAGGAUGCCUCUCUGAAGUAUUGCUGGAUUUAGACGCUGUAAAGAUAAAAACUAUUCAAGAUUUGCCGAAGAUGACUGCUAAAUUAAACGAGGAGUUUUCCAUGGUGGUGUUUCAUGUCGCUGAUGAUGGAGACAUUUAUUUCUGCCCAAGCACUAUGAAUGAUUCUGUAGCGUUGUUGGAAAUAUGUGCGGAGAUCAAACAUGUGCAGGACUUAGAGGAUUUAGUUCCCGGACAGUUGGGUAUUGUAUGGUAUGAAGAUGAAUGGACUCGUGUGGAGGCACUUGAGGUGAAUGGCAAUAAAGCGAAGGUGCGUUUUAUUGAUGCUGGAAAGGUCACCACUUUCAAUGUGAAUCAGAUUAAGGCGAUACCAGAUGAAAUGAUGAAUUCUCCGCCGUUGGUGUUAAGAGGCAAAUUAACGCAAGAUUCUUUGCAUUAUGGGGAGUAUGAAGAUCUUGAGUAUACCAUUUUCAAAGCAAUUAUUCAAAAUAAGCAAGAGGAUUGUUAUUUGAUUCGGUUGAUACGUGCGGUUGAUGAAGACUAAGCCAAAACAUAUUAUUUUGUUCUAUUAAAGUAAGUGAUGCCAUUUUGUUUCCCUACAGAAGUUAGUUCAAUGUUAUUGUGAGCAUUGAUUUGUAUAAGUAUUAAGUUUCAUAGAUCUGACUUUAAAUGUGUGUUAAGUUAGCAAGAAAAAUUUUAUCUCAAGCAUGAUUUAGGAUUAUCUGACAUAUUUUUAUACGCGAGAUUUGAAAUAUAACUUUUAAUUUGAAAUAUAA